GAUUUCGUUUCAAAGCGAACGCACGCGAACGAUCGGAACUUUUCUGAAACUUUUCUUUACGUUUCAUAACAGAAAAUGCCUUCUUGGUGGGACUAUUUACAUUUUAACAGACAGUAUAGUAAUAAGAGGAAUUUAGAGGAGGGUUUAUUUCAAAUAGCGUCUCAGACUUGUAACAUUUUGGUAAAGGUCAACAACACUAACAAUAUAAAUUUGACAAGGAAUAAUAGAAGUGACGAGUACGGGUGUGCGGGUCCACCUAGAGGGAAGAGUUCGAUGCAAAUAUGCGUACCAAAGUUUAGAAAAAAUUCUAUCACAUCCGGCUGCAAUCCUGGCCUGUCGACUGUGCUAGAAUCGGGGAGCGUGGGGAACGCGUCAUCGUCUGAUGAGGAGUUGGAGCAGUGGGAGCAAAUAUUCAUGAUGAGAGAUGAAAACGGAAAUAGCUAUCAUGAUAAAAGGAAGAAACGCAGUAUAUGGUGCCGGCCUUCCUGUAUCCCUGUAUCCAUAGUGAUAGUGCUUAUAGUGUUGGUUGUGUUGGUACCACUGCUGGACCAACCCAAUAUAGCACAUGUUCUUCCCACUCCACAUGUCAAUUUGCACUGCUCCGAGGAAUGUAGGUUAUCAUUAGUGGAAAGUAUACCAGAAGGUCACAUGUAUCCCCCAAAUGUAACUCACAGGCCAACUAAGAACGCAUGGUUAGAUUUGAUAGACGAAGCUCAAACGUCCAUAGAAAUUGCCUCAUUCUAUUGGACACUUAGGUUUAAUGAGGAAUAUCCAUAUAAUUCUUCUAUAGAGGGCGAGCAAGUAUUCCAGGCACUACUUGCAGCCGGGACAAAGAGGAAUAUAAAUUUGAAAAUUGCUCAAAACUGGCCCACCAAGCUAAACCCUAAUAUAGAUACUGAAUAUUUAGUUAAGAAGAAAGCUGCACAGGUACGGAGUCUUAACUUCUCGAAGCUCCUCGGCGGUGGCGUGCUGCAUACGAAAUUCUGGAUCAUAGAUAGAACACAUUUUUAUAUUGGUAGUGCCAACAUGGAUUGGAGGUCUUUGACACAGGUUAAAGAGUUGGGCAUAGUGGCAUUCAAUUGUUCCUGCCUAGCUAACGACUUGGGGAAAAUAUUUGAUGUAUAUUGGAGGCUGGGCACCUCGGACGCCGUAAUACCGGACAGCUGGCCAGCGGAUCUCAGCACCGAUAUAGACAUGGAGCACCCCAUCAACAUAUCCGACGGUGCUCACAGCUAUGGAGCCUUUAUUACUAGCUCUCCGCCGCCGCUGAGUCCGACCGGCCGCACCAACGAUGACGACGCCAUAGUCAACAUCAUACAUUCCGCUGAAGAGUUCGUUUACGUAGCCGUCAUGGACUAUGCCCCAGCUCUAGAGUACACGCCGAAACUACAGUUCUGGCCUAAGAUAGACGACGCUCUACGUCGCGCUGCCUUGGAGACGCGCGCCCGUGUUCGUUUGUUAGUGAGCUGGUGGAAACACUCUCAGCCGGCUGAGGAACACUUCCUCGCAUCACUGGCGGCGCUGCAAGGAGCUUACACCAGGGUCGACCUACAAGUGAGGCGCUUCAUAGUCCCGUCGACGCCGGAGCAGGACAAGAUACCGUACGCUCGCGUGAACCACAACAAGUACAUGGUUACCGACAAGACGGCGUACAUCGGCACAUCCAACUGGUACGGCGAUUACUUCGUGGAUACUGCCGGAGUCGCGUUCGUGUACGAACCUCACGAUAUGAACAAUACUAAGGAUAUAAGGAAAGAACUACAGGAUGUGUUCGAAAGAGAUUGGAAUUCACCGUACGCUGUGCCCCUUAGACGGUUAUAGCGAUAGUUUUAUUAUGUUUCAUAUAUCUUAUUUUUUUAUUAAUCCUACGUUCGUUUGAUAAAUGUGUUCAUUUAUUGUUUUUUAUAUAAUUACGUUAUUAUUGUAAUAGAGUUUUAAACUCGUUAUCGCACUUCUUGUGAUACGUUUUAGUAUUAAGCAGCUACUUCUAGUGUAUCGUAGAGGGUAGGUUGACGAAAUCGAUAUACUGUUAAUGAAGCCAAAAUGAUUCUCCUUGAAUUUUUACUUAAACUUUUAGAUGAUAGUUUGCAAGAAAUAAUAUUUUAGAUUUAAAUGAUGUUUUCUAUGAUAAUGUUAGCGUGUUCCUUGCGAUAAAUAAUUAAAUAAUUGAAAUUUUCUUAGUGACGUGUGCCUUUAACUCGCGUGGUCUGUUGGUGAACUUGUGUGUUACGUAGAUUUUUAUAUCUUCUAUCUAUACUCUUACUAUAAACUAUCUAAUAGUUCUGAUGCUAUGAAUUGUGAACGAUUGUAUUUAAAACUUAUUAAACGUUACAAAAAAGUAUUCAUUCUCGCAAUAAUUUGGUUAGAACAUAUCACAAUUAUAUUUAAAAAAAAAAACGACAAAUGUUUAUGUAAUAUAUUAUUUCCGAACGUUAUAAUCUGAGAGCAAUAACGAUGUAAGUCUGUGAAGUUUGAUGACGUCAUACAAGAAUAAAAUCUGCAAUAAAGUUUCUUUUUUUAAA